UCCGCUUUCACGUUGCAGUCGCUCCGUCAAACAUGUCUUCUCCUCUCUCCUUCUGUCAAACCAUGCUUGUUUUCUAGGGUUUCGCUCUUUGAAUCCGUCGGACCGAGUCGAAUCCAAUGUUUGCCUCCGCCAAUUCGGUGCUACCGCCGCCGUUUCUCCCCUCGGCCUGCAGUUCCCUCAGUUCUUCCCACGCCUUGAAGCGUUUCCUUCGGGUUAAGGCCGCUUCGGUGGGCUCGGGUUCCGAUGCGAACCAAUCGCCGUUGACGUCGUCUGCGAAGGGGAAGAACCCGCUGGCGGCCGUCCUGGAGUUGCCGAGGUCGCUGUGGUGGCACACGAUGCAGCCGCUUGGCGACUUCGGGUUCGGGCGGACGAGCGUGUGGGAGGGCGCGGUCGGGCUGUUCAUGGUCUCCGGAGCGGUGCUGUUUGCCCUCGCCAUCGCCUGGCUGCGGGGAGUCCAGCUGCGGUCGCGGUUGAGGAAGUACCAGGUGGUGUUCCAGUUCUCCCAGGCGUGCGGUAUCUGUGUCGGCACCCCCGUCCGGAUCCGCGGGGUGAAUGUGGGCAGUGUCGUGCGGGUCGAUUCCACUGUGAGGAGCAUCGACGCGGUCGCUGAGGUUGAAGAUGACAAAAUUAUUUUACCUCGAAAUUCUUUGGUUGAAGUGAAUCAGUCUGGCCUUCUUAUGGAAACUUUGAUUGAUAUUACACCACGAGAUCCACUUCCUGAAUCUUCUGUUGGUCCUCUUAAUGCUGAUUGUGUCAAAGAAGGUCUAAUUGUUUGCGACAAAGAGAAGAUAAGAGGACAGCAAGGGGUAAGCUUGGAUGCAUUGGUUGGAGUGUUUACCCGUCUUGGACAAGAAAUGGAUGAAAUUGGUAUUUCCCGAAGCUAUAGAUUGGCUGAAAAGGUGGCAUCUGUUGUAGAAGAAGCACAACCUCUCCUUGCAAAGAUUGAGGCCUUGGCUGAAGGUGUCCAACCUUUGUUAGCUGAGGUACGUGAUAGUACUCUGUUGAAGGAUGUGGAAAAUUUAACCAAGAGUUUAGCUGAGGCAACUGUGGAUUUAAGGACGGUUCGGUCAGCCAUCCUUACUCCUGAGAAUGCUGAACUAACUAGGCAAUCUAUUUUCACCCUCAUAUUUACUCUGAAGAACAUUGAGAGUAUUACCUCAGACAUCUCGGGCUUCACAGGCGAUGUGGCUGCAAGGAGAAAUUUGAAGAUGCUAAUUAAGUCCCUUAGCAGACUUUUAUGAUUGUGUUGGAGUCAGGCUUUUGCCAGCUUAUCUCUGGAACUUUUAACCACAGGUAUGCUUGAAGGACUUGAGCAUGGAAAACAGUAUACUGACUCUAUCAUGAGAACCAGUAUCUCAAAUUUGUCAUGUGAAGAGAUGCAUCAGAUGCUGCAAUUUGUUGCUGAGGAAUGAAGUUUUCAUGUUGUUUCAUCAAUUAUUACAAAAUGAGAUGAAUUCAAAAAGCAGGAAUGGACUGAUUGCUUUUGAGUUUUAAUUUUAUUCUGUAUUUCCAAUAUGUUGGAUGUAUUCAUGAAGAGAAGAUGAUCAUCAUGUUGUAGAUCUUUGUUUCCAUACUGGAAUGAGCACUCCUUCACUCUCCAUCCAUCAGCAGUUGGCUUCUCAA